AGGCAGUAAUGUAAAAACUUAGCCAGCACUGACUUUCCCCUGUACCUCCUCUUACAUUAUGUUCUCUUACCCAAUAUUACGCCAACGAUAUCGGAUGCUACGUACGCCAAGCACCAACUCUCACAGCACUGUUCAAUCGAGGAUAAAUUGAAUGAAAGGUUCGAGUGCUAAGUUACAGUGGUUGUCUUGUGGUGAGGGCUUUCUGUACACAGUCGGUAAUCAUGCAACUUGUGUUUUGGGUAGGGGUAAUGUUACUUUUCGUCUCCAGUAUAGAAGGAACACCACAAAUGUACCAAAGACAAGUUAAACUGCGAGAGCAGCUGAAGGUUUAUGAAAUCGUGACACCCACUCGAGUGACUGAGUUUGGGGACGCUUUCCCAGACACGAUGCAUUUUAGGAGGAAAAAGCGAAGCAUUGACACCGACCACUGGGCCUUCACAACCCACUACAGAAUUAAUGCAUUUGGGCAAUUCUUUCACCUCAAUUUAACUGCCGAUUCGGGAUUUAUUGCACCGAUAUUCACCGUUACACACCUUGGAAUACAAGCUAAUUUCACAGAGUUUCACGAAGAGGACACUGACACGAAGCACUGCUACUACACAGGACAGGUCAAUGCUAAACCGGAGCACACAGCUGUGAUCAGUCUCUGUACAGGACUGCUUGGCACCUUCAGGUCUCAUGAUGGCGAGUAUUUUGUUGAACCUCUUGUUCUGCCAAAUGGGGAAGAAUAUGAUGAAGAGCACAAUAAACCACAUCUUGUGUAUAAACAAGAUGCACUGAAGACUCAAACGACAAGGGAGGUCACGAAUAUUUGUGGCAACUCAGGUCAUAAACAUAGCCAAAACAAAAACAAAAGGAAAUGGCAUCAAGGACUAUCCAGGAAUAUUUUGUCUGAUCUGGAUAACUUCAAAAGUAGUAUUGCAAUACCCAAUUUAGCCAUCAUGGAUAACAGUACCACCAGAACAAAAAGCCACAAGAGAACAAAACGUUUUUUGUCCUACCCUCGGUAUGUUGAAGUUAUGGUUGUUGCAGACAGUAGAAUGGUCGAACAUCACGGAGCGAAUCUCCAACAUUAUGUUCUCACUUUAAUGUCCAUUGUGGCUACCAUCUAUAAAGAUCCAAGCAUUGGAAAUCUUAUCAAUAUUGUAGUUGUGAAACUAAUUAUUAUAAAUAGUGAGCAGGAUGGUCCAUCUAUAUCAUUUAAUGCUCAAACAACAUUAAAAAACUUCUGUAUAUGGCAACAAAAACAGAAUAAUCCAGACGAAAACCAUCAUUCUCAUCACGAUACUGCUGUACUUAUCACAAGGCAAGACAUUUGCAGAGCUCGUGAUAAAUGUGACACUUUGGGAUUAGCUGAACUUGGAACAGUAUGUGAUCCUUACCGAAGUUGCUCCAUUAGUGAAGAUAACGGAUUAAGUACAGCUUUUACAAUAGCUCAUGAGCUUGGGCAUGUGUUUAAUAUGCCUCAUGAUGACAGCAAUAAGUGCAAAGAAGAUGGUGGCAAAAAUCAGCAGCAUGUUAUGGCCCCUACCUUGAAUUAUUACACCAAUCCCUGGAUGUGGUCAAAAUGUAGCAGAAGAUAUGUUACUAAUUUUUUAGACACAGGAUAUGGUGAAUGUUUACUUGAUGAACCUGUGACAAGAACAUACUCACUUCCGCAUCAGCUCCCUGGUCAGAUUUAUAAUGUUGACAAACAAUGUGAAUUGAUUUUUGGAUCUGGUUCUCAGGUGUGUCCCUAUAUGACACAAUGCAGACGUCUUUGGUGUACAAGCACUGAAGGAGUUCAGAGAGGCUGUAGAACUCAACAUAUGCCAUGGGCGGAUGGGACAGAAUGUGAACUCGGAAAGCAUUGCAAACAUGGUGUUUGCAUUGUAAAGGAUCCUGCCGAAACCUCUGUGGUAGAUGGAAGUUGGGGACCUUGGAGUCCAUUUGGGUCCUGCUCUAGAAGCUGCGGGGGUGGCAUUAAAAAUGCAGUUAGAGAGUGCAACAAACCAGAGCCCAGAAAUGGAGGAAAAUACUGCAUUGGUCGAAGAAUGAAAUUUCGAUCAUGCAACACUGAACAAUGUCCAAAGCAAGAGAGAGACUUCAGAGGAGAACAGUGUGCACAGUUUGACGGAAGACAUUUCAAUAUUAAUGGCUUACCUCCAAAUGUGCGUUGGGUUCCUAAAUACAGUGGAAUUUUGAUGAAAGACCGUUGCAAGUUAUUCUGCAGAGUAGCUGGAACGACAGUCUACUAUCAGCUCAGGGACAGAGUUAUUGAUGGCACACUUUGUGGGCCAGAAACCAAUGAUGUUUGUGUACAAGGACUUUGCCGGCAAGCUGGAUGUGAUCAUGUAUUAAAUUCAAAAGCACGAAGAGAUAAAUGCGGUGUAUGUGGUGGUGAUAAUUCUUCAUGUAAAACUUUAGCAGGCACCUUUAAUACUGUUCACUAUGGAUAUAAUGUGGUUGUACGAAUACCAAUUGGUGCUACAAAUAUUGAUGUGCGUCAGCACAGCUAUUCAGGGAAACCAGAAGAUGACAAUUAUCUUGCUUUGGCUAACAGUCGAGAAGAAUUCCUUUUAAACGGAGAUUUUGUGGUCAGCAUGUUUAAAAGGGAAAUUAAAGUUAGAGGAGCUGUAAUUGAGUAUAGUGGCUCUGAUAAUGGAGUGGAAAGAAUCAACUGUACUGAUCGGAUUGAGGAAGAACUGAUAGUUCAGGUUUUGUCUGUGGGAAAUCUAUACAAUCCUGAUGUGCGUUACUCAUUCAACAUUCCCAUUGAAGAUAAAGUACAGCGAUUUUUUUGGGAUCAGUUUGGUCCUUGGCAGGAUUGCAACAGACUUUGUCAAGGCGAAAGGAAGAGAAGACCUAUUUGUACCAGAGAAAGUGAUCGGCUGGUAGUCUCUGAUCAGAGAUGCGAUCAAACUCCACGCCCAACUCCUUUAACUGAAUCAUGCAACACAGACUGUGAAAUACGAUGGCAUAUUGCCAGAAAAAGCGAAUGCACAGCCCAAUGUGGACCUGGCUAUCGAACCUUGGAUAUUUACUGUGCAAAAUAUAGUAGAUCAGAAGGAAAGACCGAAAAAAUAGAUGAUACAUACUGCAGCUAUCAACCAAAGCCAGAUAAUAAGGAAGUGUGUCAUGGAGAUUGCAAUCUAGGAGGCUGGCAAUAUUCAUCAUGGUCAGAGUGUUCGAAGAGUUGCGGUGGUGGUUCAAGAAGGCGGAAUGCUGUUUGUGUCAAUUCUAUGGGGACUGUUCUUGGAGAUAGUAAAUGCAGUCAGCAAGAAAAAAUGACUGUUCAGCGAUGCAAUGAAUAUACAUGUCCUGUGUGGAAAACAGGUGAAUGGUCAGAGUGCUUAGUGACCUGUGGAAAGGGAUACAAGCAUCGUCAAACAUGGUGUCAAGUUGGAGAAGAGCAAUUAGACAAUGGAUUUUGUAACUCUGCAACUAAACCAGCAUCAGCUCAACCAUGUCAACAGCAGGAGUGCGCAGCAUGGCAAGUUGGUCCGUGGGGGCAGUGCACGGCGACAUGUGGGACUGGCUAUCAAAUGCGAGCAGUAAGAUGCAUAGCAGGCUCGUAUGGCACUGUGGUCAAUGAUAAUGAUUGUAAUGCUGCCACCAGGCCAACAGAUACUCAGGACUGUGAAUUAGCUACAUGCCCUGAUAUGCAUCCAGGAAGAAGAGAAGAGAGAAUCCCCAACCAUAUGACCUACAGAACUGAAUGGAGAUUUGGAUCCUGGACACCGUGUUCUGCUACCUGUGGGAAAGGUACUAAAGAACGCUACGUUAGCUGCCGAGAUUUCCAAGGUGGAGUGGCUGAUGAAUCAGCUUGCUCACAUCUAUCAAAGCCACCAUCGCGAGAAGAGUGUAUUGUCAUCCCAUGUGGACGCUGGAAGACUCAUGAGUGGACUCAGUGUUCUGUGACCUGUGGCCAAGGUAAAGCAACUCGUCAUGUGAGUUGCAUGAAUUACAAGAAUCAGAUUGUAAGUGAGAGUGAGUGCGAUCUCGAUGAUCAGCCGCUAACUGAGCAAGAAUGUGCCAUGCCAAGUUGCAGUUCACGACGUCAUGGAUAUGACAGAUCUGGACAGAAUGAUCACCUAUUUCCUCGGGUUAAGAACAUGCCAACACAUGAUGAUUCAGAUCGCACCCCACUACCUGGAGGCAGUCAGUGGAGAACUGGACCUUGGGGAGCAUGUUCUAGUACAUGUGCUGGAGGGUUCCAAAGGCGUGUUGUGGUUUGCCAAGAUGAAGAUGGAUAUGAUACCAACUACUGCGCAGAACAGGCUAAGCCUGUUGAAAUGAGGUCCUGUGAAUCUGGUCCUUGUCCUCAGUGGGUUUAUGGCAACUGGGGAGAGUGCACCCAGCUCUGUGGUGGUGGAGCAAGAACAAGACUAGUUAUUUGUCAGCUUCCAAAUGGCCAAAGGUUAAGUGACCAGAACUGUGAAAUUCUUGACAAACCUCCUGACCGUGAACAAUGCAAUACUCGAGCUUGCCCUACAAGCGAUGUCUGGCACAGAGGUCGUUGGAGCUCGUGUUCCAUUUCCUGUGGGAAGGGAAGCAAGUAUCGCACUGUUUACUGCAUGACUAAAGAUGGAAAAAAAGUGGAGGAAGAGAAUUGUAAACAUCUGGAAAGACCUAAAACACAUAAACGAUGCCGAGGAGGUAGAUGUCCUAAAUGGAAAACGGGAGACUGGACUCAGUGCUCAGCUUUAUGUGGAAGUGGAAUUCAGCAACGAGAAGUCUUCUGCCAGAUCGCAAACCAAAGCAUUGAAGAUUCUCACUGCAGUCAAUCUACAAAACCUGUUUCAGUUCAGCACUGUCAAACUGGAGAAUGUUCGCAUUAUAGCUGGCAUGUAGAAGAAUGGGAAAAAUGUAGCAAGACAUGUGGUACUGGAACAAGGCAUCGCCAAGUGACUUGUAUCAAUCAGCAUUCACAAGAAGUCCAUAGUUUUGAAUGUGAUGCAAAGAAAAGACCAUCAGAUGUGGAGCAGUGCAAUACUCAACCUUGUGAAUAUAUAUGGAUCACAGGAGAGUGGUCUGAGUGCUCAGUUACUUGUGGAAAUGGCUACCAGCAAAGACUUGUUUCCUGCAGUGAGGUUUAUAAUGGUAAGGACCCCUAUGAAUACGGCUACUAUCAUCAGAUAACAACUAACUGCCCUGGGACACAACCGCCAAACAUCCGUGCCUGCUCUCUUGGUGAAUGUCAUGUAACUGCCUCAUGGAGGGUUGGAAAUUGGGGAAGUUGUUCAGUGACUUGUGGAAUAGGAAUCAUGCAGCGCUCAGUGUACUGUUUGACAAAUGAUGGACAUUUAAGCAACUUGUGUAGUUUGGAGCUCAAGCCUGAAGAGAGGAGAUCAUGCCAGAAUGGAAAAUGUGAAUUUCCAGAAAGCUGUAGAGAUGUGCAAAGGUUGAAAGGGUUCAUGGAGGAUGGUGAUCAUGUUCUUAAUAUCCAAGGAAAACAAGUGAAGAUAUAUUGUGUCGGCAUGCUAUCAGAUAAUCCAAGAGAGUACAUCACACUGGCAAGUGGUGAUGCAGAAAAUUUCUCUGAAGUUUAUGGUUACAGAUUGCACAAUCCUGCUGAAUGCCCAUAUAAUGGAAGUAGAAGAGAUGACUGUCUGUGCAGAAGAGAUUAUCUGGCUGCAGGAUUCUCUACAUUCAGCAAAGUAAGGCUGGAUGUCAACACUUUGCAAAUAAUAACAACAGACUUGUACUUUGCACAGACACUUGAAGGUCGAUCAGUUCCAUUUGCUACAGCUGGUGACUGUUAUAGUGCUGCCAGAUGUCCACAGGGUCAAUUCAGUAUUAAUCUUUCUGGGACAGGACUCAGAGUGUCGGAAUCAACAAGGUGGAUUUCACAGGGAAAUUAUGCUGUUGUAGAAAUACAGAGAUUACUGAAUGGCACCAAAGUGACUGGGAAAUGUGGAGGCUAUUGUGGCAAGUGCAUCCCAUAUUCAGGAACAGGACUACAUGUACAAUUGCUUUAGCUCAGUAGGUUUUCAAGGCAUGUGAAUUAUUAAGGAGGUGAACCAUAACGUGAGGCAAGCUGGAACAAGAUGAAGGGCAAACUCAUACAUACCUCUGUGAUCUAUGUCUGUUGAUAAAUCUGGACAUUUUGAUGUAUAAUAUUGUAUUUAUGAUCUGUGUUUAUAUUUAUUUCUCUUAAAAUGUUUUUGUGACAGGAUACUUAUUUGUUUUUAUCUUUACGUGUAAGGCUACAACAGUGUAAAGCUGUUUGUACGUAUAGCACACGUUAUGUAGCUUUGUAAGAAAAGGACAUUUUAUUGACACUCUGUUUUUGACUUGUUUACUUAUCACUACACACCUAGUAAACCAAAAAACAACUGAAAAGCCAUUUUUAAAUGGUGGUGCUAUGUACCAUAUUAUGAGUGUUUUUAACUUUGAAUUUACCUCUGCACUUUUAAUCAGGAAACAAAACAAUAUGUACUGUUAUCACAUUAUAAGUAAUUUUGAUAAAUGUUAUGUAAAUAUAUGGGUAUUUGCAGCUGUAUGUUAUUGCACUGGUUAACAUUCAUUAGGCCUUAUUAACCAAAAAUGAGUACACUGGUAGCAAAUUGUUAAGCACUAAGAAUAGAUUCCAUAAGGUCAAAGUGAUAUAAAGGGAACAAAAAUUGGGCUCACAAUAAGUUUUUUUUUUAAUUUCACAAUAAUAGUAACCUGUUGUGUAAAUUAAUGUGCUGCUAUUAAUAGUAUGUCAAAUAUUAAUGCAUGGUCUGAUCAGUUUAAUGCACUUUAAUUUACAUUAAAUAUAAUGAUAAACAGGUUGAUUCACUUAUUUUAAGGAUACGGUAUAAAAAGCUGACACAGCAAACUUCUUGUUAAUUAAAUAGCAAAUAAAGUUGCUAAAUUUAGAACUACAAAACAUGCAACAGAGUAUGUUUAAACAUUUUUUUGUGAAAUAGUUGGUUAGAAUUUUUUAUAAAAAUCUUACUAAUUUGUCAGAGGAAAAAAGGGAAUGUUAGAAACUGCAUGGAUAAUUAAAGGGCAUAAUAGACUUAAUGGUGCUAUUCAUGGUGCAAGCAAUUAUAAGUUUAAAAUAUACUGGGAGCAUGGUCAACAUACAUUAAUUCUGUAAACAUGCUGCUAUUUUACUCAGUUAUGCAAACGUGGGAAUCCCUGUUAU